AUGAGGUUCGACCCAGCAUCCUUCGGGAAGUUGCGGUUGAAGAGCCAUGACUCUCUUUACACAAUAGACGAUCUGAUCAGAUCGCACGCCGCAGAGCCGGAAGACUUUACAUUGAUAGGAGCUCCUGUGGCCGGACUCAUAGAUUUCGAAGAGCAUUCUGCUCGUGAUGUUGACAGAUUCGCCAAUGCCGCAGCAGCUCGACUGCAAGAAUUGGGUCUGAAGCCUGCAAAUCCGGAUCUGGAGGAAAGCCCCAUUAUUGGCAUGCUGUGUAUAUCCGGACUUGAUAUGGUUGUCACUCUUCUCGGUCUCUUGCGCUUGGGCUAUGGCGUUUUGCUCCUUUCGACCCGAUUACCAGCAUCAGCAUAUGUCAAAUUGAUGAGCAUGGUCGGCUGCUCCACUCUGAUCUCAACGGGGGCCUUCAGACCUGUACUCGAUGAUGUUCAAGCCGAGUCACCUAUCACCCUCUUGAGUCUACUGCAACGUUCGGACUACAUCGGCGUGAAGGCAUCUGCUUUCAAGCGUCAAUAUAACACUGCCAAAGAAACCAACAAGAUUGCAGUAAUCAUCCAUUCAUCUGGAUCGACAGGGUUUCCAAAACCAAUAUAUCUCCGCCACGCGCAAUGUCUGGCAACGUUCACUCAGAACUUCGGCAUGCGUGCUUUCCUGGCAUCUCCUCUUUUCCACAGCCAGGGCUUCUAUGAGAUGUUCAGAACCAUCUAUUCCAAGAAACCUCUUUACCUUUGUAACUACACAAUCCCACACACACGUCAAGGCUUGACGUUUCAACUGCAGUAUUUGAAGCCCGAGAUCUUCAACUGCGUGCCUUACCUGCUCAAGUUGUUGUGUGAGUCCGAGGACGGCAUCAAGGAACUGGCCAAAGUCCAGCUUGUGCUAUAUGCCGGAAGUGGUUGUCCGGAUGACGUUGGCGACUUGUUGGUCAACAGGGGAGUCAAUCUGGUACAGAAUUACGGAUGCACUGAGAUUGGUCGCAUCAUGACUUCGUUCCGAGCACCAGAAGAUCUCGAAUGGAACUAUUGCCGACUCAAUCCGCCAGUGUCCGAGCAUGUGCUGAUGGACGAGAUAGCCCCUGGUGUCUUCGAGUGUGUCGCAUUAGAGAGUCUCAAGACGAGGGUUGCGGUCAACUCAGACGAUCCUCCAAACUCCUUCCGCUCUCGAGAUUUGUUCGCACCGCAUCCGACACGUCCGAAUCUCUGGAAGUAUCUCAGCAGACUCGACGAUCGCUUGACGCUGGUAAACGGUGAGAAAGUGCUUCCCCUGCCGAUCGAAGGUCGCAUUCGCCAAGAUCGUAUGGUUCAGGAAGCUGCUGUGUUCGGCAUCGGCAGAAGCGUACCCGGAGUCAUCAUCUUUCGGUCACACGACGCUAAGGACAUGUCCGACGACGAGUUCUUCGAAGCAGUAUGGCCCGCUGUUGAGGACGCUAAUGCUAAGGCAGAGAGCUUCUCCAGAGUCCCCAAGGAGCUUGUCAUCCUUGUUGUCGCAGACACGGAAUAUCCGAAGACCGACAAGGGCACUUUUAUCCGAGCCAAGAUCUAUGAUCAAUUCAAGGAAGAAAUUGAAACCAAGUAUAGCGAUUUUGAGAAUGGCUGCCUAGGAGAUCUGACCCUCGAAGCACCCGAACUUGAGAAGUGGCUUCUCAGUGAGCUAAACAAAGAGCUGGGAAUUAUGCUGGAGCUUGACACAGACUUCUAUCAAGCUGGUAUCGACAGUCUUCAGUCGACUAGAAUGUGGUCAAGCAUCAAGAAACAAAUCAACCUUGGAGGUAACCAUGCAUCACUGAGUCGGAACGUACUUUACGAAACAGCAAACACCCGUGGACUUGCCCAGCAUCUUUGUUCGAUAAGGACUGGCGAGAGCAAGAUGCAAGAAGACGAGAUCGCGGUCAUGGAACAGCUUAUCUCGAAGUACUCCACCUUCAAGCAACACGAGCCAUACAAGGCAACCACUAACACCAGAGACGUUGUGCUUCUCACUGGAGCCACUGGAACAGUCGGUAUACACAUACUCGCCAAAGUGGUGAAGCAGAACAAUGUAAUAGCAGUAUGGGCGAUUGUGCGAGCUUCCUCAGUCGCCCAAGCAAGCGAGCGAAUCUCAGAAGCUCUGAGCUCACGCGGCUUGCACCUCACGGAGACAGAACGUGCUAAAAUUGUUCCGUUCUUAGGUGAUCUAAGCAAAUCAAAUCUCGGACUUGACGAAGAGAAUCUGCAAAACCUGAAAUCGCAGCUCACCCAUGUGAUACACAGCGCCUGGGCUGUCAACUUCAACCUCGGUGUGAAGAGUUUCGAAGACCAGCAUAUUAGAGGAGCGUACAAUCUCAUCCAGCUAUGCCUCUCGACUCGUACACCGAAGCCUGCGAAAUUCUUCUUCUGCUCGUCGGUCUCAUCGGCUGCAGGCACUCCUCUGGAUCAGACAAUCAGCGAAGGUCCGGUACCACGACUCGAGUUUGCUCAAGGAACAGGCUAUGGCAGAUCUAAGUUGGUGACAGAGCGGAUCGUCCACAACGCCAUGAAGCGCACUGGUAUGUAUGCUAGAGUGCUGCGUCUUGGUCAGAUUGCUGGCGACAGCGAACGCGGGCAAUGGAACACGACCGAGGCCAUCGCCUUGAUGAUACAGACAGCGACGACUAUCAAAGCUCUUCCAACUCACAACGAAGAGCUUUCGUGGCUUCCGGUAGAUCUCGCGGCAUCGGUUGUUGCAGAGCUUUCUGGCCUAGCCCAACCGAUCGCCGAUACUCGCUUGCAAGACGACAAACUUGUCUACAACAUCCAGAAUCCGAAAGUGUAUCACUGGACUCGAGACGUCUUGCCUGCUCUCCACAAAGCAGGCCUGGAGUUCGAUGAAGUAUCGCCCAAAGAAUGGGUACAAAGGUUGCGAGCUGGUGACCAGAAUCCAGAAACCAAUCCGCCGGUCAAGCUAGCUGAUUUCUUUGCCGAGAGAUACGGUAAUGUUGCUAAAAAUGCGCCGAUGAAGAGUGCAGGUCGUUAUGAGACUGUCCAGACAUGCAAGGAUAGUUCCACCAUGACUGCGAUCCCGGAUCUAAUCGAGUCGGGCAUGGUGGCUAAGUUUGUGAAGGCUUGGGCCAAGGAGUGGGGUGCAGAGCUAGAAAUCUGA